AACAAUGACCACCAUUAAAUUGGAUCACAACCUGGCUGACAACCAGCAACCAGAAGAAGACAGAUCAGCUCUUGGAAUUGCUGAACCUGGUGAAGUUCCUACAGAACCUAAUGCUGACCCGAAGCCUGCUCCAGCAGAAAACGGUGUGAGUCCCACGCCUGGUCUAACCUCCAAACCCUCCACACAAGCUACCCAGAUUCAACCAGCCCCAGCCACAGUCAAAGCAACUGGUAAAGCAGAAGAUCUUGUUCAAAGUGUCUUGUCCGAAGUGGAAGCCCAGACCGUGGAAGAGUUGCGACAACAGAAGGCAUUUGUGAAACUUCAAAAGAAACAUUACAAAGAAAUGAAGGAGUUGGUGAAGAAACACCACAAGAAAACCACAGACUUGAUUAAAGAACACACUGCAAGAUCCAGUGAAUUUCAGAAUGACUAUUUAAGGCGCAGGGUAGUUCUGGAGAAGUCAGCAAAGAGAGAUAGCAAGAAGAGGCCUGAAUCAGCAAGUCCAGAUCAUGCAAGCUCAACAAUUGAGAAGGAACUUUCUGCCCUUGAUGCAGAAAUGACACAAAAGUUAGCUGAGCUCAAGGAACAACAACAGCAGCAGCUGCUGAACCUGCGACAGGAGCAGUAUUACAGUGAAAAAUAUCAGAAGCGUGAACACGUUAAACAGCUGGUACAAAAGCUCACAGAGGUCGCUGAGGAAUGCCAAACCAACCAGUUAAAGAAGUUAAAAGAACUCUGUGAAAAGGAAAAGAAAGAAUUGAAGAAGAAAAUGGACAAGAAGCGUCAGGAGAAGAUCAGCGAGGUGAAAUCAAAAGACAAAAAUCAAAUGGAGGAGGAAAAGACGGAAAUUAUUAGAGCCUACAUCCAUGAAGUAGUGCAGUCUAUCAAAAGGCUGGAAGAUGGUCAAUCCAAGAGGCAAGAGAAGCUGGUCGAUAAGCACAAGGAAGUACGUCUGCAAAUUCUGGACGAGAAACCAAAGCUACAAAGUGACCUUGACCAAGAAUACCAAGAUAAGUUUAAGAGGCUGCCUCUCGAAAUACAGGAAUUUGUACAGGAUACAUUAAAAGGAAAAUUCAGCGAAGAUGGAGACCACAGUGCUCCAGCUUCCUCCCAACCUCCAGAUAAUGGUAAACUUAACCACAAAUCUCCAAAUGAAGAUGACGUGGAAGACAGUAAGUCAGAUAAAGUGUUCGAUACUUCACUUUAAUAAGCAGAUCCCAUCUUUAAGUUGCAUUAAUCUAUUACAUUUUUUUUAAGAAUUGCUACACACAGGAUGUAGACAGGAGAAUAACCACUUGGCCACAUGUUUGUGCUAUGGCCAAUCUUCAAAGUAGAGUCAGAAUCGUGUGUACGUAUGUGUGUGUGUGUGCACGCGCAUGUGCGUGUGUAUUCUGUUCAAGUGCCAGUGCAAAACUAAUUGUACAGUGCUACACAUUUCAUUUGGAAACAAAAAUACUUUUGAGGUUUAUAGUAUUUAAUUGGCAAAAUUCAACAGCCGCAUAUUCCAAACAUUGCAUGUUUGCACUGUGUUGCAAGAACCUUUGCAUUAAGCUGCAAGCACAGGUUUGCCAUUGUCUGUGCUGUACACAAAGGUACAUUUACACAAGUAAUUGUACGUUGCUGCAUACUUUAAAUUCAGCAUUGCUGAAUUAAGAAUGCUGCUUAAUAUAAUGGAAGUUUUGGCUGUGCAAUUCUAAAACUUUCUGUAUAGCUUUGCGAAGUAUAUUAAAGGGAAACAAGUUUCAGGGAUGCAUGCUUGAUGGAAAUAAUGUGGUUAUCACUGUGGAUACUUUAAAAAUAUAGCUGUAAGGAGCAGUAUUGUUGUGCAGUUUGUCCUGUAAUGUACUGUAUUUUGAGGUAGCUUUGCAGGAUUAAAAAUGUGUAAUUGCCUUCUGUGUAUGAAGUACAGUUACAUUGAAACAGUUUUCUAAUGUUACUAUUACAUGUUAAUGUAAGUGAUGUAACUGAAAGUCCUGGUAUCUAACUGCACAAUCAAAAUAUUGUAACUUGUUACACAUCUAAGUUUUUUUUGUACAAGUGGUUGUAAAUAACUUGAAGGGAUAAAAUGCAAAUCAUUGUUCUGUACGUAUGCACUUUGUGAAUGAAAUUUUAAUUUCAAAAUUAAACACUGAAAAUGCGAUAUUACUGAUGAUUAAUUAACACUGGUAACUAUACAAGCAUCUUUAUGAUGAUAAGUCAGCUAAGCAGUCUGUGAAACCUGAGCUCUUUGGCAUUAUUCACUCUGUGGCCGUGUAUCCAACACAAGAUGGACUGCAACAGUUGAUAUAGCUCGAAACACAAAACCAAGAUUUCAGGAAGUAUUUCACUGUAAAACCAUUUUAAUUCAUAGUAGUUGUUUUAACAAUAUACUGAAUUAAAGGCUCUGGAUUUCCACUGCAUUCAGUGCAUACAAUUACGAAGUGAAAACAUUUCUUUGCCAUUAUUUGCAGUAUUAGUCUGAUAUGAUGUUUUAGUAAAACAUUUUAAACAUCUCUUUAUUUUUAUACGAUUUAACUUACUAUUUUAAUGAAAACCCACCAAUGCGGGGUCUAGCCAUUAAAUGCUCAAUGGGGCAUUUCUCAUUUUAUUUUAACUUUUUAUUGGUUUUAACAGUGUGACAGAUUAUUGCAAAAAUAGAAAUUCAUGGUUUAGUUUUUUCAAUAUUACCCUAUUGUUUCAACUUUAACAGGAGAUUGUUUGUGUGUAUGUGUGUACUCACAUGUAUAUGUAUACAUAUAAUGUAUAUAAUACAAAAUACAUAACCACAGGCUUUAUUUGUUGUUUAACGUUACUUGAAUUAGUUUGUUGAAGUUAAAAAAUCUAAGAAGGGGUUUUCUGUAUAUGAUGUGAAAGUCUUGUGCCUUUCAAGUGUUUGCCUUGUUCUGUAUCUGUCUAAAUAGAAUAUUGUGGAACUCUAUUAUUGACUGUUCUGUCCUGAACUAGAUUGUACAUGUAUUUCAUGUGACAACUCCAAACUUGAUAGCUUGUGCUCAGCAUUAAAUGCCGAUCAUUUUUGGAUUAAACGUUAUAAUGUUUCACAAACUUUAGCUGGUACGUCAGAUCUGGACAGAUUACAAAAUGGUUCGUAAUAGUGAGUGAAGCAGAAUCCUCUUUAUCUCAUUAAUCAUAUUAGGUAGAUUGUGUUUUGUAGGUAGAUUGUUUUGAUUUAAGGUUGACUGUAAAAUAACUAAUGGAUUAAAGGGAAUACUUCACAUUAAAAGGAUGUAAAUAAUAUUGUCUUUAACAAUAAUAAUUUGUUUUAAAAUGCAUAUUCAAAUUUUGUAUGAAUUCUAUGCAAUUUUCUGGCAUGAUGUUUCUUCCACUUGUAAUUUUAUGUGCAUUCAUCAGUUCUAAUAGAGAAAUAAAAAUGCUUUAAUCAUGA